CACAAGCAAUCGCACUCCCGUGGAAGAACAGAAGAGGGAAAUACAAAGACCUUCCCGCCACAGAAACUUCAUUCUCGUCCAGUUACAGACUAAGAUUCCGCAUAUUUUCCCUUCUUCUCGCUCCAAAAAUCUUCAUUCUUCUUCACCAGUACCGAUCUUUCCCCUUUCCUCUCCUCAAGGAUCCGCAGAACCCCUAAAAAGCUUCAAAAUGGCUGAUUCCAGGGAUCUUCCUCCUCGCCGCGGAGCAGGAAUAGUCAAAAGUAUACGCUUGGAGAACUUCAUGUGUCACAGCAACUUGUAUAUUGAGUUUGGCGAGUGGCUCAAUUUCAUUACAGGGCAGAACGGAAGUGGUAAGAGUGCUAUACUGACUGCUUUAUGUGUUGCAUUCGGCUGUCGAGCUAGAGGCACCCAAAGGGCGUCGACGUUGAAGGAUUUUAUUAAAACUGGUUGCAGUCAUGCUGUCAUCCAAGUUGAAAUGGAAAAUUCUGGGGAGGAUGCUUUUAAGCCUGGAAUAUAUGGUAAUGUUAUAAUCAUAGAGAGAAGGAUUUCCGAAGCCUCAGGUGCCAUUGUUUUGAAAGAUUCUCAAGGAAAGAAGGUUUCCAGUCGGAGGGAUGAACUACGAGAGCUUGUAGACCAUUUUAAUAUAGAUGUUGAGAACCCGUGUGUGAUAAUGAGUCAGGACAAAAGUAGAGAGUUCCUGCAUUCUGGGAAUGACAAAGACAAAUUCAAGUUCUUCUUCAAAGCUACUCUUCUCCAGCAAGUUGAUGAUCUGUUGAAAAACAUUUUUCAUCAACUGAGAUCUGCGAAUGCACUUGUUGAUGACUUGGAGUCUACCAUACGACCUGUGGAGAAGGAGCUAAAUGAGCUGCAAGGAAAAAUUAAAAACAUGGAGCACGUAGAAGAAAUCUAUCAACAAGUCCAACAGUUAAAGAAGAAGCUUGCGUGGUCAUGGGUAUAUGAUGUAGACAAGCAGCUUCUGGACCAAAGUGUAAAAAUAGGAAAGCUCAAAGAUCGCAUCCCUAUUUGUCGAGCAAAAAUUGAUCAUCAACAGGGUCUGGCAGAAAAAUUAAGAGAACGCUUUAUCGAGAAGAAGGCUCAAAUUGCAAGCAUGAUGGAGAAAACUUCGGAAGUUAGAAGACUGAAGGACGAAUUGCAAGAAACCCUUUCCUUGGCAACAAGAGAGAAGCUCGGGCUUGAAGAGGAGCAUGGCCGCAAAAUGAACUACAUUCAAAAGAUGGCGAAACGUGUUAGGCUGCUUGAGCAACAAGUUCACGAUGUUCAUGAGCAGCACAUAAGAAAUACACAGGCUGAAGAAUCUGAAAUUGAGGAAAAGUUGAAGGAACUCGAAUUGGAGACUGAAGCUGCUAAGUCAACAGUCAUGAGGUUAAAGGAGGAGGAAAAUGGCUUACUGGAUAGUCUAAACAGUGGGAGAAGUGAAAUAAAAAAGAUUGCUGAAGAGAUUGAAGGUUAUGAAAAAAAGCAUAAUGAAUUUUCACGCUCUAUUCGAGAGCUAAGGCAGCAUCAAACAAACAAGGUUACAGCUUUUGGAGGUGAUAGAGUCAUUCAAUUAUUACGUGUGAUUGAGAGGCAAAAUCGAAGAUUCAAGAAACCUCCCAUUGGUCCAAUUGGUGCCCAUCUGAAUUUGGUCAAUGGUGACGUGUGGGCUCCUGCUGUUGAAAAUGCCAUUGGGAGGUUGCUCAAUGCAUUCAUCGUGACCAAUCAUCAAGAUUCUCUUCUUUUGAGAGGAUGUGCUAAUGAAGCCAAUUAUAGGCAACUCCCAAUUAUCAUCUAUGACUUUUCAAGACCACUGUUAGAUAUUCCAGCUCACAUGCUUCCUCAAACAAAGCACCCUACAACCCUUUCAGUGAUUCAUUCUGAAAACCAUACUGUCAUCAAUGUUUUGAUAGAUAAGGGUGAUGCUGAGAGGCAAGUGCUUGUUAAAGAUUAUGAUGUGGGUAAAUCAGUCACGUUUGACCAACGGAUCAAAAAUCUCAAGGAGGUCUUUACGUUAGAUGGAUAUAAAAUGUUUUCUCGUGGUUCUGUUCAGACAAUUCUUCCCCCAGUUAAAAGACCUAGAAGUGGCAGACUUUGUAGUUCUUUUGAUGACCAGAUUAAAAGUCUUGAAAAAGAUACAUCAAACAUGAAGGAAGAAGCUGAGCAAUGUAGGAAGAGGAAGAGAGCUGCAGAAGAACAACUUCGGGGUCUUGAAGAGAACCUAUGCAAUGCCAAGCGGAGAUGUCAAAAUGCGGAACGCAUUUUAAUGUCCAAAAAUUUGGAGCUACAAGAUUUACGGAAGUCACAGGUUGCUGGAACUAGUUCAUUACCUUCAUCAAACGUUGACGAGCUUCAUCAAGAAAUUUCUAAAAUCAAAGAGGAGAUGGAAGAGAAUAAAUCGCUUCUGGAAAAGUUCAGAGUGAGAAUGAAGGAUGCGGAAGCCAAGGCAAAAGAUCUUAAACUAUCAUUUGAGAAUCUGUGUGAGUCAGCGAAAGGAGAAGUUGAUGCAUAUGAAGAAGCCGAGAGAGAUAUGUUGCAGAUUGAACGAGAUCUGCAUUCUGCCGAAAAGGAGAUGAAUCAUUAUGAAGGUAUUAUGACUAACAAGGUCCUGUUUGAUAUCAAAGAGGCAGAGAGACAAUAUGAGGAGCUCGAGCGCCAUCGUAAGGAGAGUUACAGUAAGGCUUCAAUAAUAUCUCCUGAGAGUGAAAUUGAGGCUUUAGGUGAUUGGGAUGGGAGCACACCUGAACAACUCAGUGCACAAUUAAACAGGCUAAAUCAGAGACUUAGUAACGAGACCCGACAAUGUUCUGAAUCUCUGGAAGACUUGAGGAUGAUGUAUGAGAAAAAGGAGCGUACAAUUAUAAGAAAACAACAGACUUACAAAAGUUUUAGAGAGAAGUUGAAUGCUUGCCAGAAAGCUCUUGAGCUACGGUGGAACAAGUUUGAAAGGAAUGCUAAUCUUUUGAAGCGUCAAUUGACUUGGCAAUUUAAUGGCCAUUUAAGAAAAAAAGGGAUCAGUGGACAUAUAAAAAUCAAUUACGAGGAAAAGACCCUCUCGGUUGAGGUGAAGAUGCCCCAAGAUGCAUCCAGCAGUUCUGUUCGUGAUACCCGUGGACUUUCAGGUGGAGAACGGUCAUUUUCCACUCUAUGCUUCACUUUGGCAUUACACGAAAUGACAGAAGCCCCAUUUCGAGCAAUGGAUGAGUUUGAUGUGUUUAUGGAUGCAGUAAGUCGGAAAAUUAGCUUAGACACUCUUGUGGAUUUUGCAUUGUCACAAGGUUCCCAAUGGAUAUUUAUCACACCUCAUGAUAUCGGCGUGGUAAAACAAGGAGAACGAAUCAAGAAGCAGCAAAUGGCAGCUCCUCGAUCAUGAUCUUCCUUCUACAUGCAUUUACGAGAGCUCAAUGCUGUUCAGCCAUCUCUGUAUGUCACAUAUAUAUAUAUUUUUUAUCUCAAUGUCUAUUUAACUUAUUUACCCAUUUGGAAAUUCCAUCCAUCUUGUAUGUAUAUUGUGCACGUUAAAAUCUUGAACCGUAGAAUUAACAAUCAUAUAUGAGAAAAUAGAGAAGGGAAAUUAAAAGGUGAAAGGUAAACGGAAUGCCUUUUGUUGUAUGCGUUUAUUAAUAUAUGAGAGUUUCCAUUACCACU